UUUCGGCAUUUACUUUAGUACUUCUCUACCGGGUCUUCUGCAACCAAGAUGGAGGCGAUCUUGUCAAGGGCAGCACCUUUACUUGUGCCACAAUGUGGCCAAAUACAGACUCGUGGUAUGGCGACACUGAAAGAAAUUCGUCUGCGCCUGAAGUCAGUAACCAAUAUUCAGAAAAUUACAAAAUCCAUGAAGAUGGUGUCAGCUGCUAAAUAUGCCAAGGCUGAGAGAGAGUUGAAACCUGCACGUCAAUAUGGUAUUGGUGCUAAAGCUUUUUACCAGAAGGCAGAGGUUGCUGAUGAGAAAAACAAGCCUCACCAACUACUAGUAGUGAUGUCCUCUGACAGAGGUCUUUGUGGUGGUAUUCACUCCUCUGUAGUCAAGUAUGUCAAGGCAAAAAUUGAAGAAGGUGGAUCUGGGAUAGAAACCAAAUUUAUUGUUGUGGGAGACAAAGCUAAAGGAAUUUUACAAAGGACUUUAUCAUCAAAUAUACUGUACAGCUUUAAUGACUAUGGCAAGAGACCUCCAACUUUUAGUGAUGCUGCAUUGGUUGCAAAUAUGAUCAUGAACCUUGAUUAUAAGUAUGAUAGAGCUGCGCUUGUUUUCAACACUUUCAAGAGUGUGAUUUCAUACAUCACCACUGAGCUGCCACUGUACAAUCCUGAUGCAGUUCAAAGUGCUCAGAAGUUUAACUUGUAUGACAGCAUCGAUGAUGAAGUACUGAGGAGUUACAAUGAGUUCUCAUUGGCCAGCUUAAUUCUUUUUGCCAUGAAAGAAGGUGCUUGUAGUGAGCAGAGUUCCAGAAUGACAGCUAUGGACGCUGCCAGCAAAAAUGCAGGUGAAAUGAUUGGCAAGUUGACCCUGACUUUUAACAGAACUCGGCAAGCUGUCAUCACAAGGGAGCUUAUUGAAAUUAUUUCUGGAGCAGCUGCUCUUUAAUUGUAGUUUUCUCACUUGCCAUGAGCUAAUUGAUGGUGGCUAUCUUAAUUAAAAAGUUUGUUUGAAUGGGAUGUUUGUUCUACUGGAGCAAUAGUGGCAACAAACAUCUAUUGUAGAUUGGUUUCUAGAGAUUUGGGAUCUUAGCCCAUUUCUUCAGAAGAUGUUUAUUGAUGUAUUUUAACUGAAUUUUGUUUACAAAAAGACUGGAUUUAGACACAAAUAAAUUAUGAACUUAAGAAAAUUA